AUGGAAUUUGCUGGAACAGCCGAUGUUGGUGCUGAAGAAGUUGUUGUUGAAAGUAAACCAAAUAGAAUCACAACAUUUUUAUAUGACAAAAUUCCAUACCUUAAAACAUUAGCAUAUCCAGGAAAAGCAGACGAUACUAUCAACGAAGCAAAAGGUAUUGUCAGCGAUGAAACUUUUGAAGGUUGUAAAAUUGGUUUUGCAUUUAGACCAUCACAAAGUUUCGAAAUGGGUCACCAAUUUAAUGUUUAUACUAUGAAUGAAAACAGUCGUGUUCCAAGAUAUGCAGGUCAAGUUGCUUUUCAAAAUCCAGGUACUCUUUUAUUCUCAAAAAUAGACAGUGAAAGAAGAUUAUCCGGUAGAUUUGAUCAAUCAUUCUACGAUGAUACUAUCAACCUCUCAUUCUCAAACUCUAUGGAUAAAGAUUUAACAGCUAAUAUUUGUUAUGAAGUCGAUUUUAAAUUACCAUUUUCUCAUUUCUCUUUUAAAGGUGAUAAUGAAAACACUAGAGCAGUUUCAUUUUUUACAUCAAUUUCAAAAAGACAUGCACUUGGUUUUGAAAAUACUUAUAUUGGAGCCCAUAAUGUUUCAAUUCUCGCUUUACAUUAUGGUGUUAGAAAUCAAAGAUCAAACUUCCACAUUUCAGCUACAUCCAACUUUCAAGUUUUAACCAGUUUCCUUUAUAAAUAUAAUCACUUACAUGUUGCCACUGAUUUAAUGUUAGGUCUCACUCAAGAAGGUAAAAUUGGUUCAGAAUUCAGCAUUGGUGCUAGAUACUUUUUCAGAAAUAAUAUUCUUAAAUUUAAAGUCGAUACAAGUGGUGGUAUACACGGUUCUUACGAUCAAAUGAUCAAUAAUUUUACUAAAUUUUCUUUAUGUACAUCAAUCAAUUAUUUUGAACGUGAUUAUAAAUAUGGUCUUGGUUUUAACUUUUCAAAAUAA